AUGGACUUGGGAAAAGGAACUAAAAUAGAAGCUUCAACACCUGAAUUUGUUAAUAGAUAUUUCGAGAUAAAAAAAUAAUUGGGAAAAGGAGGAGAAGGAUAAGUUUUUUUGGCAAAACCAUAUUUUUGGAAUAAGGAUUUUGAUGUUGCUUUAAAAAUCUCAAACUAAAUUAAAGAAACUGAACUUUAAUUCAUCUAAAAAUUAAUAUCAAUUUAGAAUGAUAUCGAACAAUAAGGAUUUAAAUCCUAAAUAUAUACUAAUAUUAUAAGAAUUUAUGAUUCUUUUUAAUUUGAUCAAUACUCUGCAUAGGUGAUGGAAGUUGGAAGUAAGAAUCUUUUUACAUAUAUGAAAGAUAAUUAAAAUAAACUAAGCAAUCUUUAGAAAUUUAAAAUUUGUAAAUAAGUAUUAUUUUUUUAUCUAUUUAAGUUACUUAAUGCUAUUUAUUUCAUUCAUAAAGAAGGGUUGAUACAUAGAGAUAUUAAAGGAGAAAAUUUCAUUUUAGUAAAUGAAGAAUUUAAACUGAUUGACUUUGGAUUAAUGAGUUUAAAUAAUAGGAUGAUGACUUCAAAACAAGGUACUCGUAUUUUUUAAGCCCCUGAAAUAUUUGAAGAAGAAGGACAUUACACAUAAUCAUUAGAUAUAUGGGCACUUGGAUGUGUGUUUUAUGAAAUAAUUAAAGAGGAAGAAUUAUUUCCUUGUACUAGGAUGUUAUUUUCUCUUGAAUAAAUCAAAAAUCAUAAAAGAGACUAAAGGUAUGUUUAUUAACUGAUUGAUGGACUGAGAGUAUGUAUUGAAUGGAAGGAUUUAUUAAAAUAAAUGCUCCAUCCUAAAUAAUUUGAUAGAAUUAAAAUAGAAGAAGCUAUAAAGAAAGUGAAUUAUUGCAUAGCUAAAGAGGAGAAUAAUGGGAUGGCAAAAGAAUUGGUCAAUAAUUUUCAAAUAAAUAAUGAUUAAUAAAAUGUAAUUAAGUUUGAAUUAGAAUAAAAAUUUAAUCUGUAAUAAUAGGAAUUAAAUAAAGUAAUUAGGGAAAAAGAUUUACUCAUUAAAACAUUAUAAAAUAAAAUUGAAUAAUUAGAAAAUGAUGAAAAAUAAUAUUAAGAUGAUAUAGAAUCAUUAAAAAAAAAAGUUAAUAAAUUUGAGUAAGAAAGGAAUAAAUUGGAAUAAGAAAAGGAAAAUUAUGAAGAACAAUUUAUACAAUAUUAAUAGUAUUCUCAAAAUUUGUAAAAUUAAAUGAAUUAUCAAAUAACAUAAAUCAAUAAUUAAUAAACCUAAUAAUUUAAUUAAUAAAGAUAGAUUUUGGAGAAUGAUAUAAGAAAUCUAAGAAACAGAGUACAAUAAUUGGAAUAAGAAAAUUAAUAAUUAUAGAAAAAACUCAAUUAAUCAAAAGAUGAAGAAAAUACAUAAAAUUCUAUUAAUAAAGAAAUUAUAUUUUUGGACAAAUUAAUUAAAGAUAUAACUAAUGAAAUUUCAAAUCUAAUGAAUUAAUUAGAAAGCUUUAAAAAUAUUAAAUAAAUAUUAGCUUCAAAUAAUACAUUACUUAAUUCUUAAAUUGAAGAAAUAGAAUAGUAGUUAAUAGAUAAAAACUUAAAUUUAUCAAACUAUGAAAAAAUUAAAUUAGAAAUUUAAAAUUUAGAUUAAAGUUAAUAGAAAUAAUAAUCGUCAGAUGUACUUAAAAAUAAUUUUGAUAUUAAAAUAUAAUCAGACAUAACAUCUCUUUAAAAACAAUAAGGCAUAUAAUAAUUAACAAAUUACAGUAUUAAUAAUUCAUUUGAUUUAGAUCCAUAAUCACAAAUACAAUAUUAAAUUAAACCACCUUUUGGAAAUUUUUAGAUGUAACCAUUUCCACCAUAAGGGUAUCCACCAUAAGGGUUUCCACCAUAAGGGUUUCCACCAUAAGGGUUUCCACCAAAAGGGUAUCCAUCUACUCCGUAUUAGAAUAUGAUGAAUUCAUAAAUUUAACACAAUUAGAAUUAAUUUUGA